GUGAACGGAUUCUUUUUUAAGAAGCUGCGUAAAGCCAACAACGUGUUUGGCUAGAAACGCAUUUGAGAAAUUUAAUUAUAUAGUUUUUGGAACGAAAAUAUUUUAAAUCAGUGUUUGGCUGUGAUAUUUCUUAUAAAGCAUCAUGGUUCGCCACAACAACCAAUUGCCUGAUAAUCUGCCACAGCUUCAAAAUCUUAUAAAACGCGAUCCAGACUCAUAUAAAGAUGACUUCCACCAACAGUACCAGCAUUUCCUGAGCAGUUUGGAAGUGUUUGCUCUCAAUCCGGGAGAGGAAAACAAAUCUCUGGAUGAACUAGUAAUGUUCAUAGCGCAGGUCGCACAGUGUUACCCGAAAGAAUGCGCAAAGUUCCCACAACACUUGGUGGAUUUAUUAAAAAAUCAUGCUACAACUUUGGAUCCUAUUAUGCGAAAUUGCUUCGUCAAAGCUUUAAUAUUGAUGCGUAAUAAAAAUAUAAUACCAGCAAUUGAUUUACUAGAACUGUUUUUUCAACUUUUGUGUUGUCCGGAUAAAAAUCUUCGUUCCUUCUUACAAAAUCAUAUUAUUACCGAUAUUAAAAAUAUGAACGCUAAACACAAGGAUAUGAAACUUAAUUCCACAUUACAAAACUUUAUGUACUCUAUGCUGAAAGAUGCUAAUCCAAAAGCUGCAAAAAUGUCAGUGGACAUAAUGAUUGAGCUAUACAAAAAGAAUAUUUGGAAUGAUGCAAAAACAGUUAACGUUAUAGCAACAGUCGGUUGUUUCUCAAAAAUUAUGAAGGUACUGGUUGCGUCUUUGAAAUUCUUCUUAGGGCACGAUGAUGAUGAAAAAGGUUCUGAUGACUCAGAUAGCGAUAAUGAAGUGGAUCUCAAAGGUGCGAUUAUGCAAAAUCGUGUUAAUAAAAAGACUAAGAAGCGAAAGAAACAAUUAGAACAGAUUAAGAAGCAAGCUGUAAAAGCUCAGAAGAAAAAGAAAAAUGCACCGGCAUUCAAUUUUUCUGGUAUACAUUUGGUACAUAACCCUCAAGGUAUGGCUGAAGGACUUUUUAAACAGCUUCAAUCAACAAAUGAACGCUUUGAGGUCAAGUUAAUGCACUUGGAUGUUAUUUCAAGACUAAUUGGAAUACAUGAGCUAUUUUUGUUUGGUUACUAUCCAUAUAUCACUCGUUUCCUACAACCACAUCAACGGCAGGUAACACGUAUAAUGCAGUUCGCUGCGCAAGCUUCACAUGAAUUAGUACCUGGUGACAUAAUUGAACCUGUGCUCAAAACUAUUGCUAAUAAUUUCAUCACAGAACGAAAUUCUAGUGAUGUUAUGGCGAUAGGUCUUAAUGCUACACGUGAAAUUUGCAUACGCUGCCCCUUGGCUAUGAGUGAGGACCUUCUGCGUGAUUUAGCCAUGUACAAAACCUACAAAGAAAAAUCGGUCAUGAUGGCAGCACGCUCGCUGAUAAUGUUAUAUCGCGAACAGCUACCUGCAUUGCUUCACAAAAAAGACCGUGGUCGCUUAACAGAAGCGCAAGCGGAACGUAAAAUUCGUGCUUAUGGAGAAGUUGAGGUGCACGAAACAAUUCCAGGUGCAGAAGCUUUGCUUAAAGACUCUAAAGAAAUCGAUUUGGGAAGUGAAGAUGAUAGUGACAGCGAUUCUAACGAUGGGGAGUGGGUUAAUGUGUCGCAUAGUGAGGACGAAGGUAAAAACGAAGGUGACAAUGACGAGGAAGAUAGUGAUGAUGAUGAUGAUGACGAACCAGAUGCGGAUGAAAGCGAAGAAGAGGAUGGUAGUGAAGAUGAUGAGGUUGAUGACGAUACUAGUGAUGCAGAUGAGGAAGAUAAGGAACAUUCGGGAUCAGAAAGUGAAGGCAAUGUAACUUCAGCAAAGAAAAAAUCACUAGCAGUCGAGAACUCUUCUGAAAAUGAAGGGGUGCAAGUCCUCGAUGCCAAGGAAGCAGCUCAAGAAUUAGCUAUGACACGUAUUUUCACCGAAGAGGAUUUCAAGAGAAUAAAUGCUGCCCAGCUGAAGAAAACGGUCACUAACGCACGCAAAAGACCGUUGGAAAAGGACCGUGCAGAAUUCGUAAAAUUGAACAGCAUUGAGAUGAUUUAUAAAAAACGAAAACACGACAAAGAGUCCCGGUUGGAAACAGUGAAAGCAGGACGUGAGGAUCGAGAAAAGUUCGGUUGGAAGGAUGGGCGUAAAAACGAGCAUUGUUCCAAGACAAAUAGAGAAAAUCGCAAACGAAAAAAUUUCGUUAUGAUGCGACACAAGGCACGUUCAAAGGUGAAGAAGAGUUUCCGCGACAAACAAAAGGCAAUGAGAAAACAUCUAUUACACCAGAAAAAGAUGAAAUAAACCUAGUGGGAGGGUUUUUAUUUUUAAUAUUUGAGUGUAUAUAAAUAACAUAAAAAUAGUUUCAAUAAAAAAUUAAUUGGAAGCGUCAUUCUUAUUUUAUGGAAUAUUCAAUUCAUA